AUGGUGCCGUUCUUCUUGAAAGCGGCCCCACGCCAACUACCAGCUACUACAGACAAUCGUGAGCGAUAUCCCUGUCGAGCUUGUCGUCUUCACUACGAAACACCAGAACAUGUCAUAAUUCGUUGUGUUGCAGAUAACCAUAUCAGUGACAGUCGAAACAAGUUUUUCGGAAACUUACCGACGUCGUUACAAUCAACAUUACCCAUGACAGAGACAGAUCAGCUCCAGGCAUUCCAUCUUCUCAAGGACUGUAUUUAUCCAUGGCAUAUGGUUCCUAUAACAGCGAGAUUUUUUCAUGACCUUGUAAACAGAUGGCGGGCAUUCAGCUUCAAGCGUUGUGGUUCGAAAAAGAUGAGAUGGAGAGUGGAGAUGAUAGUGUCGAAGAGGAUUGCAGAGACCUGUCCGACGCUGGUACAGUAG